GCAGCGUUUCUACCGGAAAUUCCGUUCGUUUUGAAUUUCAGUUUCAGCUAACUCCUUAGCUUCCACUUAGCUAGCGUCUAAAACCUCGUCUUUGGACUCAGUUUUAUUCCAAAAAUGGCAGUUUGUCUCAGAAACCAGCCAUAUGGACGGAGCAAAGUAACAACGUUAAAGUGAUGCCAGUUCAUUUCGUUACUCAGAGUUGACUAUGAGCUCCCUGUCAGCCCAGGCCUCUGCCUCUGGUACAGCAUGCAGAGGACUACCUGGAGAGGGAAAUCAGGUACAACCUAAGGCGCCUCUUCUACAGAUACUACGCAUUGCUGGAGCCCAGGAGGAUGUCUUCACAUUGAAAGAGGUGAUGCACUACUUAGGCCAGUACAUCAUGGGAAAGCAACUCUACGAUAAACAGAGGCAGCACAUCGUCCACUGCCAGGAUGACCCUUUGGGAGAGCUGCUUGAAGUGGAGAGCUUCUCCGUGAAGAACCCAAGCCCGGUGUAUGAAAUGCUCAAGAAAUACAUCGUCAUUCUUGGUAAUGCCGACGCUGCAGAGAAUCUUUCUGUGGGCCAUGAGUGUGUUGAGGGCGGAGUGGAGGAUCGCGGUCAGAUGUACGGGGCUGCAGUCAAAGCAGGAAUUGAGACUGCCGGUGACGGGCCUCCCCUGCCUUCCUGUUCUCAGAGAAGACCUCGAGAGCCCGAUGAAGAUUCGCUCGAAGGUUUGCCACGCUCGGCCUGUAAACGACCCAAAUUAGAUGUCACUCUUGAUGACUGGGACCUCUCGGGCUUGCCCUGGUGGUUUUUGGGUAAUCUCCGCAGUAACUACAGCCGCAGGAGCAACGGAUCUACCGACAUUCACACCAACCAAGAGGAGGACACGGCCAUAGUGUCGGACACCACGGAAGAUCUGUGGUUCUUGACGGAGGGGGAAAGUGAGCAAGUGAGCGUGGAGAUGAAGGAGGCCGUGCUGGAGGAAAGAAGCGCAGGAGAAGGCGACGCGCCGCUCGACGAGGAGGACGGAGGGGGGAAGGAGGAGAAGACGGAUCGAGAGAUGCAGGAGGAGCCUGACGAAGACUCUCAGUGUCUGAGCGACGACACGGACACGGAGAUCUCCACACAGGACGCGUGGCAGUGCAGCGAGUGCAGGAAGUUCAACUCGCCUCUACAGAGGUACUGCGUCCGCUGCUGGGCCCUGCGCAAGAAUUGGUACAAAGACGUGCCCCGAUUGGCCCACUCCCUCUCUGUUCCCGACAUCCCGGCGUUCGGCUCGCUGAGCGCGCAACGCGAGGACGACGACAGCGACAACGGCGUCGACGUCCCCGAUUGCGGCCGCACCGUUUCAGAACCGGUCGUCCUGCCGUCCCACUCCGCCGCCGACCGACCGCUGUCUGUUGCGGCGACUCAACGCCCUAUGGAACGCGAAGACGAGCUAGCGUCCGGCGGGGAAAGUCAAGAGAGUCCGGGCAUGGAGGUGGAAUCGCACCCGGAGGCCCUGCUGGAGCCGUGCAAGCUGUGUCGCAUCCGACCCCGCAACGGCAGCAUCAUCCACGGACGCUCGGCCCAUCUCCUCACUUGCUUCCCGUGCGCCCGAAGGCUCCAUAAAUUCCAGGCUCCGUGCCCGGGAUGCGGAGAGAUUAUUCAAAAAGUGAUCAAGAUAUUCGUCAUCUAGAAAUCCAUCAGAGCACUCAUUUCUCGGUUUAGCACUUUGGCGCAUCUGAAGGACCGACGGAGCUGUGUUUUUGUUUCGGUGCCACAUUCUUACAAGGGAUCAAUCGAUAAGAGCUAGAGUUAUAUAUUUAUUUAUGAGAGUGGACGUGGAGCUUUUUGAGUCCUUAUUGUCAAAUGAGUAGCUCUCCUGAAUGGUGCUGUUUGAAAAUGAGUAUUUUUUUUUUUAUAUUGUGUUUUUGCCCACAGGUUUACUUCGGCUUGUGCUAAGAAGAAGCUCUCAUUUUUUGGUAACUCAAGUUGAAGGAUGAAACAACAAUGCUCUUUUUAACCAUCGUAUGCAUCAGCUCUCCCCUUCUUUGUAAGUCAAAAAUGUUCAUUUGCUAAAACUGUCAAUGGUGGGGUUAUAUGAUCAAGAAUAGUGAUAACCUAGUGACCAAUUUUAUCGUUUUCCUCAGCUCACCUGAUGACUAUUUUAUUUAUGUAUGCUCAUUUUAAUUGAAGUACUUGUUCUUUGUGGGUGCCAGCGUGAAUUUUUUUUAUAUUUUUUUAUAGCUAAUCUGUACCCACAGUUAACUAAACUGUGGGUACAAAUGACUUAACUGCACCAACAGAUUACCAAACUGUGGGUACAAAUUACUAAACUGUACCCAUAUUACUAAUCUGGUACAGAUUAGUAAAUAAGUAUAUAAACAUUUUUCAAAUCGAAUCUGUACCCAAAGAUUACGGAACUGUACCCACAUAUAACUAAUCUGUGGGUACAGUUUAGUAAAUAUAUUUUUUUGUAGCUAAUCUGUACAGUUUAGUAAAUAUUUAUUUUUCAUAACUAAUCUUUACCCACGGUUUACUAAACUGUACCCAUAUAUUACUAAUCUGUGGGUACAGUUUAGUAAAUAUAUAUCUUAAAAUAAUCUGUACCCACCGAUUACUAAACUGUACUCACAGUUUAGUAAACAAAUAUAUAAAAUAUAUUUGCCACAGUUUAGUAAUCUGUGGUUACAGUUGAGGAAUCUAACACAGUUUAGUCAUCUCUACCCAUAGACUAAACUGUGGGUACGAUUUAGUAGUCUGGGGGUACAUAUUUCUAAACUGCAGGUCCAGAUGACUAAACUGUACCCACAGUUUAUUAACCUGCGAGUACAGUUUGAUAGUCUGUGGGUGUAGUUAAGGAAGAUAACAGUUUAGUCAUCUGCACCCAAAGAUUACCAAAUUAUGGGUACAGAUUAUUGAACUGUACCCCCAGAUUACUAAUCUGGUACAGUUUAGUAAAUAAGUACAUUAAUAAAUAUAUAAAGUAAAUAUUUUUCAUAGCUAAUUCUGCACCCACAGAUUACCGAACUGUACCCAUUUAUUACUAAUCUGUGGGUAUCAUUUAGUAAAUUGAUAUAUAAAUUUUUCAUACCUAAUCUGUACAGAGAUGACUGAACUGUACCCGCAUAUUACUAAUCUGUGGGUACAGUUUAGUAAAAUAUUUUUUAUUACUAAUUUGUACCCACAGUUUAGUAAUCUGUGGGUACAGUUUAAUAGUCUGUAAGUAUAGUUGAGGAAGCUAACACAGUUUAGUAAUCAACCCAUAGUUUAGUUAAAUGUAUCCGCAGUUUAGAAAUAUGUACCCACGGUUUUGUAAUCUAUGGGUACAGAUUAGUAUACUGGGUGCAGUAUACAGUAGUACUAGUCUGUAGCCAUAGUUUAGCCAUGACCUAGAAACUGAUUUAUGGGUACAGCAGUUUAGUAAUCUGUGGGUACAGUUUAGUAAUUAGUACCUGCAGUUUAGAAAUAUGUACCCACAUGUGGCUACGGAUUAGUAAACUGGGUACAUUUUAGAAAUCUGUAGCCACAGUUUAGUCAUCUGUACCCACUAUUUACUUAUUAGUAAACUGAAUGCAGUAUAGUACUCUCCAGCCACAGUUUACCAAUUACCCAGAAACUAAUCUGCGGGUAUAGCAGUUUAGUAAUGUGUGGGUACAGUGUAGUGAUUUGUACUCGCAGUUUAGAAAUAUGUACCCACAUUUGGCUAUGGGUUAGUAAACUGGCUACAGUUUAGUAAUCUGUAGCCACAGUUUAACAAUGACCCGGAAACUAAUUUGUGGGUACAGUUUAGUAAUCUGUACCCACAGUUUAGAAAUAUUAACCCACAGAUUACCAAACUCAGAGUACAUUUUAGUACUGUGGGAGUACAUAUUUCUGAACUGCAGGUAGAUUACUAAACUGUACCCACCAUUUAUUAACCUGCGGGUACAGUUUAAUAGUCUGGGGGUAUAGUUGAGAAAGCUAACACAGUUUAGUAAUCUAGACCCACAGACUAGUAAUCUUCCUACAAUGUAGUUCACUGUACCCACUGUUUAGAAAUAUGUACCCACAGAUUACUAAACUGUACCCACAGUUUUGUAAUCUGUGGGUACGGAUUAAUAAACGGGAUGCAGUAUAGUACUCUGUAGCCACAGUUUACCAAUUACCCAAAAACUAAACUGCAGGUACAGCAGUUUAGUAAUGUGUGGGUACAGUUUAGUAAUUUGUACUCGCAGUUUAGAAAUAUGUACCCUCAUUUGGCUAUGGAUUAGUAAACUGGGUACAGUUGAGUAAUCUGUAGUCACAGUUUAACAGUGACCCGGAAACUAAUUUAUGGGUACAGUUUAGUAAUCUGUAGCCACAGUUUAACAAUGACCCAGAAACUAAUUUAUGGGUACAGUUUAGUGAUCUGUAGCCACAGUUUAGCAAUGACCCAGAAACUAAAAAGGGGGUACAGUUCAGUAAUCUGUACCCCCAGUUUAGAAGUAUUUACCCACAGAUUACUAAUCUAUAGGUAUAGAUUAGCUAUGAUUUUUUUUCUCCUACCCUGACACUUUAGGGGCUUCAUAGUUAUUUCGAAAAGCAUCCCAAUGAAAUUUAAAGUUGGUUUACAAGUCAAAGGACUUGAAGGAAGGUUGAGGGUUUGAUUUGAGCUUUUCACUGCCACGUAAGCAUUUGUCAUUUGUGUAUAAAUAUAUUUUGUUACCAUGCUUUUGCAUUGUUUGGACGAUUGUAAUUCAACCAUCACAUUACUUUUUGAGUGAUGGUGUUGAGCCUUCUGAACAAGCUGUACAGGCUUCAGUGAAGUUUUUUUGGUUCUCGCGCUUCAUUUCGCUGCCCGUAGGGGGCGAAAAGGCCCGUCGAAUCCUAAUGGUGACAAACUGUACAUACGCACUAACGCCAUGAAGCAAAUAUAGAGGACGCAUGUCUAUAUUCGCACGGGGAAGAGGCAUUAACUCGGUUUAUAAAGCGCAGGAUGUCAAUGUGUCUGUCUUGUGGUGUUAUCUCGCUUGACAAAUAAACGUAAAAAUUAAAAAUGACAGCUGCGGUGUGAAAUAUGUUCACUUUGAAACCACACGCGCCGCACAUGCGCGAUGGCCGAAGAAUAAGUCAUUGUAUGACAGGCCAGCUGUCAUGUGUCCUCUCCUUUGCGACGGGUGUGCAGCACCUGUGUCCCUUCUUUAUAGUGUUACUCACAGUUUUCUCCUCCACGGGGUCAGCGCCCGCUAAGUGAACCUUGUGUCCGCUCGACGGCAAAAUUGUACCAAUAAGUGCAUGAAGUCAGUGGAAUUCAUUUGGGGGACAUUCUUGAGUCACUGCCUUCUCAGAAACCCAAACUCAAUAGGAAGUGACCAGUCAAUGCCCCAAAAUCAACAGGAAGUGACAGGGAAAAAAAAUCAACAGCAAAUGAUCUGAAAUGACCCAAAAUUAAACUCAUUUGUUGCCAUUGAUCACCUUAAGACCAAUCUGUCUGAAGUGGGAGGGAUGGCAGCGAGUUUGUUCACUACCAUCUUCCUACUUCAAAUGGAUUGGACGUUUACUGGUAAUAAACUCAAUACCACUGAAUGUUGUCUGCCUAAAUAAAUUAAAUAUGACAAUAAACCUUCUUGUGGAAUAAUAAAAAUGGAGCCUUUCUCUCCUCAGGUAAAACACUACUGUUUUUGUCCACAAGCACUGCCAAAUCAACAAAAUAAAAAAUGAAAGCUCCUUUGGGCUGUUUUAAGACCACAUAAAUAAAAUAAAAAUGAAAACUGGGGGUAAGUGGGUAAACCUUGGUUCACUACACUUCUUACAGUUUAAUUGUUA